UUGUGCACCAGAAAGACACUGAUGAUAAACUCCACACAGAUUUCAUAUUUCACACUUGCUGCCUACUUUGACACUGGGCUUUUUAAAUAUAUAUGUUUCUUGAUUGUUAUGUCUCUAUAUAUUUUCAUUAUUUUUUCCAAUGUCUUACUCAUUGUAGCUAUCUACAUGAACAGAGGUUUACAUGAACCUAUGUACCUGUUUCUGUGCAGCCUGUUUGUAAAUGGUUUGUAUGGUAGUACAGGGUUGUUUCCAUCUCUUAUGGUUCAGAUCCUCUCUGACAUUCACACUGUUUCUGCUCCCUUUUGUUUCUUGCAGAUUUUCUUUGUGUACUCUUACGGAAGUAUAGAAUUUUUAAACUUAGCCAUCAUGUCUUAUGACAGAUACCUCGCUAUCUGUUAUCCUCUACAAUAUAACACAUGUAUGACCUUUAACAAAGUUGCCAUUCUUAUUGCUGUAAUAUGGUUACCACCAAUUCUGGUGAAUUUUUUUACAUUGCCUUUAAUUGUCCCUUUACAGCUGUGUGGGAACAUAAUUAACAAAGUGUACUGUGACAACCACUCUAUUGUUAAACUGGCCUGUUAUGACACAACAGUGAAUAACAUCUAUGGACUUUUUGUAAGUGCUUUCUCAGUCUUUGGUCCUCUCAUUUUAAUCCUUUUCUCUUAUGUGAAGAUUCUUAAAGUCUGUUUUUCUGGUUCUAAACAGACCAGACAAAAAGCUGUCAGUACCUGCACACCUCACCUUGCUUCUCUGCUCAACUUUUCUUUUGGAGCUUGCUUUGAAAUAUUACAGAGCAGGUUUAAUAUGAAAAGUGUACCUAAUAUGUUGCGAAUAUUUUUAUCGUUAUAUUUUCUUUCAUGCCCACCACUCUUCAACCCUCUAAUGUAUGGCCUUAAUCUGUCCAAAAUCCGUGUUACAUGUAAAAGUUUGAUGUCAAAUCAGCAGUUUUAG